UUGUUAGGAGCUGUUCUGUGUUCAUACUGUGUCUUGGCAAUAGACGGAGGGUAACAGCAGGUUGCUCAUUGUAGCUACACAUUGGAGAAAGAUACUGGAAAGAGUUCAGACAGAGAACGCGCGUUAAUGCCGCUAUUAGAGCUCAUUAUCUGCGGAGGAAAGGAAAGACAGACCAGUUUGUACUACUGAGGUUAUAGUUUUGGCAGGAGUUUAUAUGACAAGCUUUUCUGGUCUGACUGUACACGACUGUUCUUUGACCGGACUCGAGCGCUUCGCUGUUGGACCUGUUGGAGAAGAAGAAGAGUUUUUCGAGAUCAGGACUGAAUGGUGUGAUAAAUCCAUAACGUACUUGCGAAGGCGAUACCACGAUCUCGUGAAACUUGCGAAUAGUUUGGUGAAGUUAUUUCCAGAGGACGACGUGAGUUUGCCUCAAUCGUUCAUUCUUAAGGCACUGCAGAAGAUAAGGGAAGCAGAGGAAAGUAAUGACAUUGAAACCAAGCUGGAUGAGGUGGAAAAACUGUUAAGAAAUAUCAUCAAAACGCCACCAAAGUAUUCUCAGAGUGAAGCAGUUCUCACAUUUUUCAAGACUUACCCUCUGGACUGCACUUUGAAAACGAUGUUUGAUCCGAUCCAGCCCUUCUACCGGAGUCAUGUCACUGUAGCUGAUGUCAGGAGGGCCAAUGGGUUUUGUUUGGCCAAUACAGAAACUGUUCUUUUUGAUGCAUAUUUAUUAGAGAAAAAAGCAGAACCAUCUCAUGAACACUCUUCACAAUGCAGCUCUGAGAUUGAGGACCAGAUAUGGAGAGGGACAAGAUUUCCAAAUGGGAUCAGAUAUGACGAAUUUGUGCAUACAAAUCUCUCCACAAGCCCAGUUCUGCCUGCUGGUGCCCUUGAAAAUAAAGAAUCAGACUAUCACCCUAAAAAAUCACAGGUUACCCCCGCCAAACUCACCUACUUUCACUUACAUGCCUCUGAAACGGACAUCCUUGAGUAACUUGAAUUGAAAUGUAAGGAUGCUAGGCUAUAUGAAUUCUUCAUAUUAUGAAGGCUUGCAAAAAAGUUAAUAUAAAAAGUCUAGAAUGAACUUUUCUGCUCUUGAUUAGAUUGUGAUUU